AUGUGUGGCAACAGGUUCUGUGUUUUCAACAACCAGGCCAUUGUGAAUAACUCAAUAGUUCCAGAGCUUCUGAAGGCUAUAGAGGAGAUGAAUAAAGCAACAGAAAGCUGCUUUUCCCUGGAUAUGUACUGGGAGUCACAGCUGGAGAGGAAGGUUCAAGAGCUGGAGGCCAGGCACAAGACUGAGCUGGAGGAGAAGGACCAAAAGAUCAGACUAUUAGAAGAACACAUUCAGGGCACAUCAAUGGGUGUUGAUGGUAAACAUCAGAGCUCUGACUGUGUGAGGAUUGUGCUCGUGGGGAAGACAGGAAGUAGGAAAAGUGCCACAGGAAACACCAUACUGCAGAGGGAGGAGUUCCGGUCUCGGUCCAGUAUGACAUCAGUGACUACCUGCUAUAAAAAAGGAGUAGGGAAAGUUGCUGACAGGCGUGUUGCUGUAGUUGACCCACCGGGUCUCUUUGACACAUCAUUUACUCAUGAGGUGGUCCAGGAGGAAAUAGCCAAAUGCAUCUCCUAUUUGGCCCCAGGACCUCAUGUGUUUCUGCUGGUGCUACAGAUUGGGAGAAACACAAAGGAGGAGAAGGACACAUUGCAGCUCAUGAAGAGUACCUUUGGUAAAAUGGCUGAAAGGUUUACCAUAGUCAUGUUCACAAGAGGGGAUGAUCUUAAAAAUGAAUGCAUUGAAAGUUACCUUCAAAGAGGCGACCCUACAAUCCAAAAUCUUAUUCAUGCCUGUGGAGACAGGUUUCAUGUCUUCGAUAAUAAUGACAUGACAAACAUCGCCCAAGUCUCUGAGUUGCUGGAUAAGAUGGACAUGAUGGUGCAGAAGAACGGAGGAGGGUGCUACACCAAUGAGAUGUUCCAGGAGGCAGAAAUGACCAUAAAGAAAGAAUGUGAGAGAAUACUGAGAGAGAGAGAGGGAGAGAUGCAGAGAGAGCGAGAGAAGCUGUUGGCAAAACUGUCAGGGUUGGAGUCGCACCUGGCUCUCCGCACCUCCUCAACCUCACAAAAACAUGAAGAGGAGAUGAAAGAGAUGAAGAGAAGGAUGGAAGAGCCCAUCGGGAAAAAGAGCUGA